ACAGGUACGUCCACGUACGUAAUGGAGGGUGAAUGGUAGGACAUAAUUUUGGUAUCCUGACCUUAUUUGACACAUUUACCACAUUUAUCUGUAAAACUUCUUUAGCUUUUCCCCUUGUUAAAUAAGAAAUAAGUUCAAAUUUCUUCUCCCCUCGAAAAGAAAAGAAAUUUCUACUAGGGAGCUUCAGUCAACUACCUCUUUACUUUCUACCUCGUCAAUUGGACUUGGACUUUCAACGGUCAAAGCCAAUCCUGACUAGAAUAAGCCGAUAUUAAAAUACUUAAUCCAUCAUCAGAUCAUCUACCCCUCCGUAGCUACCAAUCAUGGCGAGUAAAGAGAUUGAUGUCGACGUUCUAGUCAUCGGCGCAGGUCCUACUGGUUUAGGUGCUGCGAAGCGUCUGCAGCAAACCAAUCAGGUAUCGUGGCUGAUUGUUGAUUCCAAUGAGACCCCGGGUGGUCUCGCAUCUACGGACGUAACCCCCGAGGGAUUCUUGUUCGAUGUCGGUGGCCACGUUAUCUUCUCGCAUUAUAAGUACUUCGACGACUGCAUCGAUGAGGCUCUACCUAAAGAGUCUGAUUGGUAUACCCACCAGAGAGUCAGUUAUGUCCGCUUCCGAGGCGGUUGGGUACCAUACCCAUUCCAGAACAAUAUCGCCGUCUUAGAUAAGGAAGAGAAAGUAAGAUGCCUAGAAGAUCUUAUCGAUGCUGCCCUCGAAUCCCGUGUUCGGUCCCCCUCCGACAAGCCCAAGAACUUCGAUGAGUGGAAUAUUAGGAACGUAGGGAAUCGUCUAAACGAGAUCUUUAUGCGUCCAUACAACUUCAGAGUUUGGGCUGUGCCAACCACUAAGAUGAACGCAACAUGGGUUGGAGAACGUGUCGCGGCUCCUAAUGUGAAGCUACUCACCCGCAAUGUCGUUCUCAACAAGGUAGCUGGAAAUUGGGGCCCGAAUGCUACAUUCCGCUUCCCAGCCAACGGCGGCACAGGCGGUAUUUGGAUUGCAGUAGCAAAGACCCUCGACGAAAAGAACACACGAUUCGGUGCUCACGUCACUGUGACAAAAGUAGAUGCUGACGCAAAAAAGGUUCACUUGAAAGAUGGAACGGUAGUCAAGUACAGCUCGCUCAUCUCUACCAUGGCUGUUGAUCAUCUUGCCGAGUCUUUGGGCGAUGUAAAACUCCAGCAGACUCUGAAGCCGCUCUUCUACUCGUCUACUAAUGUAAUUGGCGUUGGCAUCCGCGGAGAACGUCCUUCACGCAUUGGUGACAAAUGCUGGUUGUAUUUCGUUGAGGAUAAUUGCCCUUUCUACCGCGCUACCAUUUUCUCCAAUUACUCACCCUUCAACCAGCCGGACAAGGAUGUUAAGCUUCCAACCAAACAACUCGCCAACGGGAAGAAGCCUACAUCGUCAGAUGCACAGCCGGGGCCUUACUGGUCUAUCAUGCUUGAAGUCUCCGAGUCUUCGUAUAAGCCUGUCAAACACGAGACGUUACUCGAGGAUUCCAUUCAGGGGCUCAUUAACACUAACCUAUUAGAGCCGGAAGACGAGAUUGUUAGUACGUACGUGCGUCGCUUUGACCACGGAUACCCCACCCCCAGCAUAGAGCGCAACGGCGUCUUAGCAGAAGCUCUGCCGUACCUUCAAAGAAAGGAUAUUCUUUCUAGAGGUCGUUUUGGUGCUUGGAAGUAUGAAGUUGGUAACCAAGAUCACAGUUUCAUGCAAGGUGUUGAAGCAGUUGACCACAUUCUCUCGGGAGGUGUCGAACUGACUUUAAAUAACCCCGACUUCGUCAACUCCCGUGCUAACACGGAGCGUCGACUUACCAGCCGAAAGUAGGGGUUGGCUAGUUGAGGCACUUACAUAAUGCAUGGCAAGAAGGUAGUCUGGGAAAAGAGGCAACCCCUAAAACAGUGCGAUAAAGGAGACGCCUUUGGUUCGAUUCGAUCCUAUUUUCCUAUCUAGAUAUAUCUAGACUAGACCUCUAGAAGACCGGCAUCCUCUAUAUCGCCUAAUCUAUCACUGGCGACUAGAUGAGUACAUUUCCAAGACCUGUCCAAAGAUCGUCCGAAAUAGAAAAUAAACCAUUUCUAACUAGUAUUAUAUUCUCGUAUGUUGAUACUGUCGUAUGUUCAGGCGAAGAAAAGCCGAAGCCUGUUAGCAAGCACAUAGCCCCAGUGAGAACGAUCUACAGUUCGUAGCCGAGUACACGACAUAAUCUAAUUUAGUGUUGGAAAGCCAUUACUAUUGCUGAAUCCAGCGGACUCGUGCGUUCGUGCGAUCAUAGUUGAAGCAUCAACCCGCAACCGAAUUCUCUGCUAAUAAUCCGGCACGUACGUAUGCGUGCUAUAGGCUAUAGCAUCAC